AUGGGGGUGGCUAGAGCCCCACUGUGGGCGAUCUGUUUGUUGCGUGUGGUGCUGGCCACGGUCUACUUCCAGGAGGAGUUUUUAGACGGAGAGCGAUGGAGGAACCGAUGGGUGCAGUCCACCAAUGACUCUAAAUUCGGGCAUUUUAGACUCUCAUCGGGGAGUUUUUAUGGUCAUAAGGAGAAAGACAAAGGUCUGCAAACCACCCAAAACAGCCGGUUCUAUGCCAUCUCUGCACGAUUCAAGCCAUUUAGCAAUAAAGGGAAGACCCUAGUCAUUCAGUACACGGUAAAACACGGGCAGAAGAUAGACUGUGGAGGAGGCUACGUUAAAGUCUUUCCCUCAGAUGUGGACCAGAAGAACCUGAGCGGGAAAUCCCAGUAUUACAUCAUGUUUGGGCCUGAUAUUUGUGGAUUUGACAUCAAGAAAAUUCACGUUAUUUUACAUUUCAAGAACCAGUAUCAUUCAAACAAGAAAUUCAUCAGGUGCAAGAUUGAUGCCUUUACACACCUCUACACUCUAGUUUUAAGACCAGAUCUGACUUACGAAGUGAAAAUCGAUGGUCAGUCAAUCGAGUCAGGAAACAUCGAGUACGACUGGAAUCUAACAUCCCUGAAGAAAACGGAAAAGUCUUCAGCAGAAUCUAAGGGCUGGGAUCAAACUACAGAUGACAAAACGCAGGACUGGGAGAAACAUUUUCUGGACGCAGGUGCCAGCAAGCCGAGUGACUGGAACAGUGAGCUGGAUGGGGACUGGUCGGGGCCGAUGCUUCAGAAACCUCCAUACCAGGACAGCUUGAAACCAGACGGGAUUGAUAAAGAUGUGUGGCUCCAUCAGAAGAUGAAAAGCACCAACUACCUGUCAGAAUAUGACCUCUCAGAAUUUGAGAAUAUCGGCGCUAUCGGGCUGGAGCUGUGGCAGGUGCGAUCCGGAACCAUCUUUGACAACUUCCUAAUCACAGACGACGAAGAGUACGCUGAGAAUUUUGGGAAGGCCACCUGGGGCGAAACCAAGGGUCCAGAGCGGGAGAUGGACUCCAUCCAGGCCAAGGAGGAGAUCAGAAAGGCUGAGGAGGAGGAAGAGCAGGAAAUGCUAGAUGGAAAGUCUAAAGGGCAGCAAAAUUUCUUCAGUCGAUUCCACAAGCAAGAUGAAUUAUAA